GAUCGUGCGCAGCCACGUGGUGUUGCUGCUUAGCACUGCUUUUCUGGGAUCGGCAGAGCGCGCGCUUUUGAAGGGCGUGAGCUACGGACCAGUGCCGCUGAAAAGCACACCUGGAGGACAGGCGAUUCCGCAAGACGACUGGAUGGUCCAGGCGGCCAAGCCCAUGUGGGGACCGCGGGGUCGACAAGACCUGGAGGUCAUCAAGUCUCUUGGCGCCAAUGCA